UCCCCGCCCGCCCGGCCCCGCGCGCCUGACGUGGACCAUUAAACUUGGAGCCGCCGCCUCGGCCCCUCUCUCGCCGCCUCCCUCUGACAGCCGGCGAGCGGGCGGCUCGGUGCAGGCAGGCAGGCAGGAGACGCGCCGCGGGGCUGGGCUGCCCGGGGGAGAUGACUCCUCGCCGGGAGGGCGCCGCUGGGAAGAAGACCGCGGGCGAAGCAAAGUUGCAGGGCAGCUGAGGAGCUUGGCCGCAGCCCUUCCAGCCCGCUCACCCCAGGCUAUGGAGGGCCGACUCUAAAAUGAAUCCCGACCUGGACACCGGCCACAACACAUCAGCACCUGCCCACUGGGGAGAGUUGAAAAAUGCCAACUUCACUGGCCCCAACCAGACCUCGAGCAACUCCACACUGCCUCAGCUGGACAUCACCAGGGCCAUCUCCGUGGGCCUGGUGCUGGGCGCCUUCAUCCUCUUUGCCAUCGUGGGCAACAUCGUCGUCAUCUUGUCGGUGGCCUGCAACCGUCACCUGCGGACGCCCACCAACUAUUUCAUCGUCAACCUGGCCGUUGCCGACCUACUGCUGAGCUUCACCGUGCUGCCUUUCUCCGCGGCCCUGGAGGUGCUCGGCUACUGGGUGCUGGGUCGGAUCUUCUGUGACAUCUGGGCCGCCGUGGAUGUCCUGUGCUGCACCGCUUCCAUUCUGAGCCUGUGCGCCAUCUCCAUCGAUCGCUACAUUGGGGUGCGCUACUCCCUGCAGUACCCCACGCUCGUCACCCGCAGGAAGGCCAUCUUGGCGCUUCUCAGCGUCUGGGUCUUGUCCACGGUCAUCUCCAUCGGGCCUCUCCUUGGGUGGAAGGAGCCGGCGCCCAACGAUGACAAGGAAUGCGGGGUCACCGAAGAACCCUUCUAUGCCCUCUUCUCUUCCCUGGGCUCCUUUUACAUCCCUCUGGCGGUCAUUCUGGUCAUGUACUGUCGGGUCUACAUCGUUGCCAAGAGGACCACCAAGAACCUGGAGGCCGGAGUCAUGAAAGAGAUGUCCAACUCCAAGGAGCUGACUCUGAGAAUCCACUCCAAGAACUUUCAUGAGGACACCCUCAGCAGUACCAAGGCCAAGGGCCACAACCCCAGGAGUUCCAUAGCUGUCAAACUUUUUAAGUUCUCCAGGGAAAAGAAGGCAGCCAAGACCUUGGGCAUUGUGGUCGGUAUGUUCAUCUUGUGCUGGCUACCCUUCUUCAUCGCUCUACCACUUGGCUCCCUGUUCUCCACCCUGAAGCCCCCCGACGCCGUGUUCAAAGUGGUGUUCUGGCUGGGCUACUUCAACAGCUGCCUCAACCCCAUCAUCUACCCGUGCUCCAGCAAGGAGUUCAAGCGCGCCUUCGUGCGCAUCCUCGGGUGCCAGUGCCGCGGUCGCCGCCGCCGCCGCCGUCGCCGUCGCCUGGGCGGCUGCGCCUACACCUACCGGCCGUGGACGCGCGGCGGCUCGCUGGAACGCUCGCAGUCGCGCAAGGACUCGCUGGACGACAGCGGCAGCUGCUUGAGCGGCAGCCAGCGGACCCUGCCCUCGGCCUCGCCGAGUCCGGGCUACCUGGGCCGCGGCGCGCCGCCGUCCGUCGAGCUGUGCGCCUUCCCGGAGUGGAAGGCGCCCGGCGCGCUCCUGAGCCUGCCCGCGCCCGAGCCCCCCGGCCGCCGCGGCCGCCACGACUCUGGCCCCCUCUUCACCUUCAAGCUCCUGUCCGAACCCGAGAGCCCCGGGGACGACGGCGGCGCCAGCAACGGUGGCUGCGAGGCCGCGACCGACGUGGCCAACGGGCAGCCGGGCUUCAAAACCAACAUGCCCCUGGCGCCCGGGCAGUUUUAGGGCCCCGGGGGAGGAAAC